UUGAUGGUUUGGUGCUUGUGUGGUGGCUUGGCUAGUCCGCUAGAGGUAUUCUUGGCGAGCUCUUCCGCCGCAUGAGGAGGUUCGUAGAGGGACAAGAGUGCGAAGGGGAGCACUAGGAGCAAGGUGCAGGCUAGCUUGCUGCGCAUACGUGAACAGUAGAGGGCAAGGAGAGCGACGGUAGUGGGUGCAUGGAAAAAUUUGUCUGCAUAAGGAUAGCAGUAACAAGCAAGUGAUAAGGCGGAUCAAUUUCAACUGGCGAACAAGUUAAUAGGCGGAGCAAGCUAACGGUGCGGAGGUAAUUAGUAUUGCAGCCCAGGGACAGAAGGGGAAUAUCCCAAUUGGCAGCCAUGGAUCCUAGCUGGCCGUCUCGUCAUCCUCCAGGUGCCAGCUCAGACCCGUUCUUCGACCUCUUGCAGCCGUCGAACACAUCUCAACCAUCCUCCGCGCGUUCCACGUCAUCGACGCCCGUGUCCACGUCAUCAGGGCUCGACGCGCUGUACCAAGCGGGCGGCCGGCUCCCGAGAAUCGACGAUCUCUACCGCUUCGGCUCGGGAUCUGGCGGUUCGGCAACAAAUCCCGGAAGCGGCGGCGGCGGCGGCGGCGGCGGCGUCGGCGAUAGUGGGGGUAGCGCGGCGUACUCUUUGGGGGAAGGGAAAUCUGCGCAGGGGGGUGGGGGCGGCGGGAGGUACGCGGUGGGCGGCGACGCGGGCGCGCAGGUGUCGCUGGACGAGCUGUUCCCCGCGACCAUGUCCAUGCACCACGACGCCGGGGACCUCCUUGGCGAUCACAGCAAGGAUCCGCGGCACCAGCGCCCGCUCUACAUGCCCUCCUCCUCCGCUGCGACCUCCUCCGCCUCGGCCCCGUCGUCCGCGCCGGCGGGGGGGGCAGCCAUGCGCGCAGAAGCGAGCGGCGACUUCUUCACGGGGGCGCCCAGAGCGGGGGGGGUGGGGCUUCCGGGUGGCGGGGGAGGCGCAGGGGGAGGGGGAGGUCUAGGAGGUGCUUUUUUGGGGGGCGGAACGGGUGGCGGGCAUGCCGAGGGUCCAGGCGCAGGCGUAGGCGGAGGCGCAGGCGCAGGCGGAGGCGCAAAUGCUAGUGGCAGUGCUGGUGCGGGAGGCAGCUUCGGGCAGGGCGGGGAGGGCAUGCGCGCAUCAGCAGCGGCGCGCGGCCCCGCAACCGCGGGGGACUUGAGCCACUUGACUGGCGCGAUUCUGGGCGGCGUGGAGCGCCUGCUGCAGCGGUUCGCGGGGGGCGUGGGCGCGGCUGUGGGGGAGGUGGGGGCGCGCGUGGGCGCGGUGGAGAGCGCGGUGGGGGCGCUGCAACGCGAGGGGAAGAGGGGGUGGCGGGAGAUGGGGGAGAGGCAGGUGGACAUGGAGGGCAGGCUGAGAUCAGUGGAACAGCUGCUGCUGGAGUUGGUUCUCGACUCUUGAGAGUUCUCAAGAGCCAACCA